AUGAGUAGAAAUGACAAAGAAGCUGAACCAACUAAGAUUCCAUGGAUAGAAGUAGAGUUAUCGUCGGAAAUUGAGAUAGUUGGUGAUCCAGGAUUGCGUCAACCUAUUGAUAGUUAUCAUGUUAACAUUAGAGAUGGAUUGAGGAGGCGAUAUUUGGCUAAAGGUCCAUGUCAACCACGUGAAUGCAAUUUUCCAAAAAGUAGCUUGGGUAAAUUUAUGAGAAAGUUUCAAGUGGCAUGGUUUGACAAAUUUGAUUGGCUUGAAUAUAGUGUUAAAAAAGAUGCUGCAUUUUGUUUAGUAUGCUACUUGUUUAGUAAAGGCCAUAAACAUGGUGGAGAUACUACUUUUACAGAAGUUGGGUUCAAAAAUUGGAAAAGAGCCUUAGACAAAUUUAAAGAGCAUGUAGGCGAUACAAGAAGUGCAUAUCAUGGUGCUAAAAUUCAAGCUUCAUCAUUUAGGGAUUAG